AUGGCCGACACGCAGGAGCCUCCCGCAGAGUCUUCGCGCCCAGAGUCGAUACAGAUAACACCAAAUCACCUGGUCAGCAUGACUGCCCAAGAUAACCAACAGCCAAAGGAGAAGUCCGUCGAUAUUGACUCGGAUGGCCAAAACCACACACCUCGGCGCCUAUCAAUCGAGAAAGCCACAGACUCAUCCCGAAAUACACUCAAACGAAGACCAUGGCGACCCUGUGUUACGGAUUUCAAUCGAAUCCUCGAGGCCAGAUACACGGGGAACGGAACCCCGAGCGACCCUUAUAUUAUCCAGUGGCUAGACGAUGACCCUUGCAAUCCCAAAACCUACUCGAUGAAGCGCAAGACUAUCUUGAGUGCCUUGUUGGCUUUUAUGACUAUGUGUAUCUCCCUAGCCUCCUCCGCCUAUACAGGGGCGACCGAAAGUAUCAUGGCAGAAUUCAACUGUAGCCAAGAAGUCUUUCUGCUUGGUCUCUCCCUUUUCGUUCUGGGAUUUGGCACCGGUCCGCUCAUCUUCGCGCCUCUUUCUGAAGCGCUGGGUCGUCGGAAUAUCCUCAUGAUCUCCAUGAUGUUCUACACUCUUUGGACCGGAAUAUGUGCGGCCGCACAGAACAUUCAAAGUCUGAUUGUUUUCCGCGCCCUUGCGGGCGUUAUUGGCUCAACCGCCAUUGUUGUCCCAGGGGGCCAGAUUGCCGACAUGUGGGACGCCGAACAUCGAGGCGUGGUCAUCGCCAUAUUUUCUGCUGCUCCGUUUCUCGGACCGACUCUUGGCCCAAUGGUCGGAGGCUUCAUCGAGUUGGGAGCAUCGUGGCGCUGGCUGUUUGGCGUGCUGACCUUGUACGCCGGGGUGCUCACCAUCCUUGGCCUGCUGAUAGUGCCCGAGACGUAUGCUCCGGUGUUGCUGCGUGAGAGGGCCAAGUUGCUAACCAAGGUGACUGGGAGGGCAUAUAUGACCAAGAUGGACAUGGACAACCCGCUGAGCUUUAAGAAAAUGCUCACAAGGUCUUUGGUGUUACCAUGGGCGCUCUUGUUUAGGGAGCCCAUAGUGCUUCUCCUCACCAUCUACACUUCCGUGAUUUACGGAACUUUGUAUCUCUGCUUCGCUGCGUAUCCUAUAGUCUUUCAGCGAGGACACGGUUGGAAUGCAGGCGUGGGCGGUCUCGCUUUCCUGGGUAUGCUAGUCGGCGUCUUCGUCGGUGUCGCUAUCAUCAUCUACGAUAAUAAGCGCUACACCCGCAUCCACAGGGAGACAGGGGGCUUUGCACCGCCAGAGACUCGCCUUCCGACCGUCAUACUGGGUGGAGUAAUUGCGAUAGUUGGUCUGGCAUGGUUCGCGGCCACGGCGUCUCCCCGGAUUCACUGGAUUGUACCCAUCCUCGCCGAAGUACCCUUUGGAGCUGGGUUUUUGCUGAUCUUCAUGUCGUGCAUGAACUAUUUAAUCGACUCAUACGUGAUCUACGCCGCUUCCAUGAUGGCCGCGAACUCGAUGCUGCGAUCGGCCUUCGGCGCCGUCUUCCCGCUCUUUACCGUGCAAAUGUACGAUUCAUUAGGGACACGAUGGGGCUCUGCAGUGCCUGGAUUUAUUGCCCUGGCUUGCUUUCCCUUUCCCAUCUUUUUCUACAAGUACGGCCCGGUCAUCAGGCGGAAGUGCAAAUACUCGGCCCAAGCGGCUCGUUAUCUGGACAGUCUGAAGAGCGAUCUGGAGAGGCAGAGGUCAAGAGGUGAAGUCCAAGACCUAGAAUCAACCAGCGUCAAGCACGACAACGAGAGCUCGGGCGCUGUGCCCGUGAGUAUAUCGCAGCAGACGUUAAAGAUUGAAUAG